AUGAAACGAGUAUCAAUACCAAUAUUCACGGGUUCUAAGAAAGAGUAUGAAUUUUGGAAAGCUGCAUUUACAGCUUGUAUAGAUAAAACCGAGGCAAGUGCUGAAUAUAAAUUUUUACAAAUGCGGCAAUAUCUAAGAGGGGAAGCUUUGAAGUCUAUAGAAGGACUUGGUCAUAGUGAAAUUGCUUAUGAAAAAGCAAAAGAGAGACUUGAAAGGAAAUUUGGAGGAAAACGAAGAAUUGUGAAUAAAUUCUUAGACGAGAUAGAACAAUUUCCACCCAUAAGAUAUGAAAACGCUAAGAAUAUAGAACAAUUUGCAGAUUUACUGGAUGUAGCCAUUGUCAACAUUAAAGAAACAAAUGCUGAAGAUUUACAAAGUGGGUUCAUGUAUUCACAGUUGUUAAAAAAGCUCCCUGAAUCAAUGAUUGCGAGAUAUCAAAGAUGGAUAUAUGAAAAAGAAGAGAUAGAAUCAGUAGAGAUAUUAAAUGAAUGGAUACUGAAGGAAGCAGAAUUCCGAACAAUAGCUAUGGAAACAAAAUUUGGUCUUGAUGGGAAGUUCGAGAAACCUAAGGAUCAACGGUCGUUCUUCGGUAACAUGAGACAGUCACAGAGGGAGUGUAAGCUGUGUCACAUGUCACAUGGAAUAUGGGAUUGUAAAGCAAUGAAGGAACUUUCAGUGAAAGAUAGAUGGGAGAAAGCAAAAUCUUUAAAGUUAUGUUUUCGUUGUCUAGGGAACAAUCAUUCUGGUAGAACAUGCAAAAGAGUAAAAAAGUGCGGAAUAAAUGGUUGCUUGAAAAUUCAUCACAGACUGUUGCACCAGCCAUAUUUAAAUCCUGAAGCUGUAGUGUUUAGCCCUGGUGAAAAUAAACAGAAUACUUUGCAAAGCCAACAUAAUACAAACGGUCAGACAUUUACAAGUCAGGCAUAUACAAGUACAUGUACACAAAAUGUUUAUGUAGCACUUCGUACAGUUCCAGUUCUGUUGUAUGCCAAUGGUCGAGAAAUUCCAAUUUAUGCAUUAUUAGACGAUGGGAGUACUAGGUCAUAUUUAAAUGAAGAUGUUGCGAAAGAAUUAGGAGUAAGUUCAGAGUACGAGACUGUAAAAGUGAACACUUUGAAUGGAAAAUCUGUAAAUCUUGAUACAAUGUGUGUGAACUUUCAACUAAGCAGUUUAAAUAGAGACAUUAAAAUUAACAUGGAAGCCCAUACAACACAAAAAGUAACAGGGAACUUGAGACCAGUAGACUGGACAAAGUAUUGCGAUCAGUGGCCGCACUUAAAAGGAAUUCAAUUUCCAUCAAUAGGACAUCGCCAAAAAGUUGAUCUUUUAAUUGGGAUAGAUUAUUUAGAGCUACACAGGUCGUUGCAAGAAAUUAGUGGACCGGAAGGUUCACCUUCAGCCAGAUUGACUCCUUUAGGUUGGACAUGUGUCGGCCCAGUACCAAUGAAAGAUGAGGAAAUCAAUUUAUUUACAUUUCAUAUGAUGGACACUGUGAAGAAAGAUGGUGAGAUAAAUGAGAUUCUUAAAAGGUUUUGGGAAUUGGAAGAAAUUGAGGGUAAGCAGGGAACUAGUUUGAGUGUUUCUGAUGAGAAAAUAAUGAAAAUGAUGAAAAGUGAAAUCGUAUAUGAUGAAGAAAGCAAUAGGUACCUGGUUCCAGUACCUUGGAAAGAAAACCAAAGUGAAUUGAAAAAUAACUAUGAAAUGGCAUUUGAAAGAUUGAAAAGCACAGAAAGAAAACUGAAUGCAAAUGCUGAUCUAAAAGCUUGCUAUGGUGAUAUUAUUAACAAUUAUGAAAAGAAAGGUUAUAUUUCUAAACUGACUGAAAGUGAUUUAAAAAAUACGCAAUGGACAUUGCCACAUUUUCCAGUUAUACGUCUUGAUAAGGAAACUACAAAAGUUCGGAUUGUUUUUGAUGCCUCAGCCAAGCAUAACUCGCUGUCAUUGAAUGACGUGAUUCAUCAGGGACCGAAAUUGCAAAACGAUCUAUUUGAAGUAUUGCUCAGAUUUCGAAGAAAUGCUAUUGCCAUAAUUUGUGACAUUCAGGAAAUGUACUUGCAAGUAGAAUUAUCACCUCCAGACAGACUUUAUCAUAGAUUUCUUUGGAGAGAAUCACCAAAACAUCCAGUAGAGACAUAUGAAUUUAAUAGACUUGUUUUCGGUGUUAAUGCAUCGCCAUUUUUAGCACAGUACGUCACCCAGCUUAAUGCCAACCAAUUUGAAGAGAAAUAUCCUCUUGCAGCAGAAACAGUCAUAAAUUGCACAUAUAUGGAUGAUAGUAUGAAUUCCGUGGAAAAUGAAGUAAAGGAAUUGAUUUGUACAAUGAAUUGA